UAGAAAAUAUUGCAAUCGGCCAAGUAGCAAGCACAUGUUGGACCGAUAAAACCAACUCUUGAAUAUUUUAAUUAACCGAAUGUAUAGAUAUGGCUAUCUCAGUAUUUUCGGACAUCGAAGAGUUUGGGAAUAUAAAAGGCAGGUCCCCAAGUGGGAUCCCAGCAAAAGUAAAUCAGCCAUGAGGAGUGUGAUUAUUGUGGUUUUGGCCCUCUGCUUGGCAACUGUUUCAGCUGUGCCCGAAGAUGAAAUUCCACCUCCAUCCUUUGAGGAGAUGGCCAAGGAAUUGGGCAUUGAUCUCAAUAUGGACGACUUUAACCUUGACUUAGAUCUCGGCUUGGACUUGGGCUUGGACUUGGAUUUAGAUUUGGACAUCGACAUGGACUUUGACAAGGAGUUUGACUUGGAUAUGCCGGAAAUUUCCGAAAUGCCAAAGGAUGGCAGCAUGGAUAUCGAUGACUUCGCUUUCGUGGACUCAAUGGUGAAAUUCUUCAUAAACGAGUCCAAGGCUCUGGCCUGGUACAUCGUGAGGCUUACAGAGCGUCAGCUUCUGAAGAUCUUCAUGUAUCCGUAUCGGCAGCUGCAGUUGCUGGCCGGCGACAUUGAAAAGCGUGCGGUGGAGAGCGAAGAGUGCGUGGCCAGGGAGACGGUUCAUGUGGCCGGUGUCCUCGAACGGGCCACCUUGGGCUUCGUGGUCUGUGGCCGCAAUGCCGCCGUCAACUCUGUCAAAAUUGUUCUUGAUACCAAGCGUUCGGUUCUCCAGUUGACUCUGAAUGGAUAUAGGAUCAUUAAGCAGUACAAGAACUGUAAAGGAAUAUCCAAUAAUGUCAGAUACCGAAUGUGCCGAAGCAAGCUGUAUUUAAUGGCAACCAAGUACGUUGUAGGAGCUCAAAAGUCAGUUCGUCAUCUGAUCGGACUCCGGCGCAGUGUUCCGGCAAUUGCCACCGAUGCCACCGCCUGCACCACACAGGCCACCGAUAAUGCAAUCCAAGGAUUCGCCGAUAUUAAUGCCAGUAUCGACAGGUGCAUUGAUACCAUGCUGAACUAAGAUGACUUAUAUUUAAAUAUGUUACCUGUAACGAAAUAUAUGCAAAAUCAAAAUUA